ACGGCGAAUGGGGAGGCCACGACAACCUUCUCUGACAUCGGUGGACACGUGGGCGAUGUUGCGCCGCUCGUGUCAGCACGAGCUAGCUCUUUUAAUUCAGUAUCACCUUGCUCUUGCCACCCGCAAGCUUUGUCAACAUUUACAAGGGAGAUGGGGAGGGCGCCAUGCUGCGAUAAGAAGGGGCUGAAGAAGGGGAGGUGGACGAUGGAGGAGGAUGAGAUACUGGUGAAUUACAUUGCAGAGAAUGGGGAAGGUUCAUGGAGGUCACUUCCUAAGAAUGCAGGUCUGCUGAGGUGUGGGAAGAGCUGUAGGCUGAGAUGGAUAAACUACCUUAGAUCUGACCUCAAGAGAGGGAGUAUAUCCAAGGAGGAAGAGGAGAUCAUUAUCAAGCUUCAUUCCACCAUUGGAAACAGGUAAAUG